AUGACAAACAAGGUUGUUCACGUGAUUGACGCCGAGAGCGGAAAUCUUCAGUCUUUGAGAAAUGCAAUCGAACAUUUGGGAUUCCAAGUCAGCUUCAUUAAAAAAGGAACAGACCCAGCUUUGGCAUCGGCGGAAAGGUUGAUCUUGCCCGGAGUGGGAAAUUUUGGCCACGUGAUGGAUCAAUUACGCAAGAUGGGAUUUGUGGAGCCAAUUAAAGCUUACGUGGCCUCUGGAAAGCCAUUUAUGGGAAUUUGCGUUGGUGUCCAGGCCUUGUUUAGUGGAUCAGAAGAGAGCCAGGAUACAAAGGGAUUGAACUUUCUCGAUUUGCAAUUGAAGAAGUUCGAUGAAAAGACAAAGACGGUGCCGGAAAUAGGAUGGAAUAAGCUUACAGUGCCAGAGUUGAACAAAAGUGGAAAAACAAUGUACAACUUGAAUCCUGCCGCCAGGUACUACUUUGUUCACUCUUAUGCGGCAAUUGUGGAUGAAGCACAGAUUUCAGACCUAGAAAAGUCGCAAGGUUGGAAAUUGGCUUUGGCCCAGUACGGGGAGGAGAAGUUUUUGGCGGCAAUUGCCAAAGAUAACAUUUUUGCUACGCAGUUUCACCCGGAGAAGUCCGGUAAGGCCGGAUUAAAGGUCAUCAGAGCAUUCCUAGAGCAGGAAAAAGAAGUCUCACUUGAUGUCUUGCCAAGUUACUUGCCUCCUGGAAACUCGGGUGUCGAAUUGAAAGACACAAGGACUGGACUAACACACCGUAUAAUAGCAUGCCUAGAUGUGCGGACAAACGACGAAGGCGACUUGGUUGUGACCAAGGGAGACCAGUACAAUGUGAGAGAGAAGAAGGCAAGUGGUGGAGAUGUUAGAAAUCUUGGAAAGCCUGUCAAGUUGGCAGAAAAGUACUACAAGCAGGGUGCGGACGAAGUCACGUUUCUUAACAUCACAUCCUUUAGAAACUCACCAAUCAAAGACCAGCCUAUGCUUGAGGUGUUGAGACAGGCUGCCAAGACCUGUUUUGUUCCUCUCACUGUGGGUGGAGGAAUCAGGACUGUUGUUGAUCCGGAUGGAACCGUGAUCUCUGCCCUUGAGGUUGCAACUCUAUAUUUCCGCGCUGGUGCCGAUAAAGUUUCGAUUGGUUCGGAUGCCGUGAAAGCCGCCGAAGAAUACAUUGCAAGAGGUGAAAAGCCCACCGGAAAGACUCCAAUAGAGACGAUUUCAGAAGCGUACGGUAACCAGGCAGUGGUCAUAUCUGUCGAUCCUAAAAGAUACUACGUGGCAGAUCCGGCCGGCUGCAAAUACAACAUGAUAAAGACCAAGGACAAGGGUCCAAAUGGGGAAGAAUACUGCUAUUAUCGUGUUACUUCGCAGGGUGGUAGGAAAGUUCACGAGCUGGGUGCAUAUGAGUUGUGCCAGGCAUGCGAAAAGUUGGGUGCAGGGGAAGUUUUGCUCAACUGCAUAGACAGAGAUGGCACAAACCAAGGCUAUGACUUUGAGUUGAUCAACCAGAUCAAGUCUGCAGUCAGUAUUCCUGUUAUUGCCUCAUCUGGUGCCGGCAAACCGCAGGAUUUCGUCGAUGUAUUUAACGAAACGGGUGCAGAUGCAGCUUUGGGAGCCGGAAUGUUCCAUCGUGGAGACUAUACGGUUUUGGACGUGAAGAAAUACAUGAUCGGACACGGGUUAAAUGUGCGUAUGGACGAGUAA